AAACAGCACAAAUAGCAGUAGAUGACUUAAGCUCUCUGAUAACGUUUGAAUAAAUAUGGAGGUUUUCAAGGUUUUCAUAAGCCUUACACUAAUAUUAUGUUUAUUGUGUAACUGUGUUCAUGGUUACGGUUCAUACAGAAGUAAAAUACCAAAUGGAAAUAAUGUGCCUCAUCCAUGUAAAGUAAAUUACAUUUGGCAGGGUGUGGGACACAGAAAAAAGGAGGGCGCUGGAUAUAGAAACCCUUUUGGUGAAGAUUUUAAAACCGCUGGAAAGGUAUGGACUAAAGAGCUGUGUCAGAAGGAUUCUGAUGGUGAUGGAAUGACUAAUGGUCAAGAAUUAGGAGAUCCGUCUUGUAGCUGGACCGUUGGUGAUAAUCCACCCACGGCUGAAAAAAUAUCUCACCCAGGCAUUUGUGAGCCAUGGACAGAUCCAAAAUGUCAACAUCAACUAUCUUGGUUAGAAUCGGAAUGUGAGCCUGAUAAAUUUGAUUGCCCGGCUCUUCAGAGUGACCCUGAUAUAAAGAAUAUGACUUUAAGAUUUCCAUUGACCGAUGUCCCAAUACAAGACACAUCAUAUAUGUGUACUGAAUUCGAAGUGGAUUCAAGCGAUGACUUUCAUUUGAUUGCUACCGAGAUGUUGGUAAAUAACACAAACGUAAUGCAUCAUGCUUUACUCUUUGGAUGUUCAAGUGAUAAUCACACGCUAAGAUCCACACCUCAUCAAUGUGGUAUGGUAGCCAGUAGAGAAUGUGGUGAAAUAAUUGCAAUCUGGACAAUAGGCUUGUCUGGACAGUGUUUCCAUGAAAAUGUUGGCUUCAGAAUCGGUUCUCAGGGUUUUAAGAGAGUCGCUCUUCAGUUUCAUUGGAAUAAUCCCACACUGGAAACUAAUUACAAAGAUCAAUCUGGAAUGGUGUUAUAUUAUACAAAGAACAAGAGAAUGUAUGAUGCUGGUACUUUCUUAGUUGGUGCCAGUUAUCUCGAGAUUCCCGGACGAACUGUUUCUCUGGAAGAGACUGCUUUAUGUCCAGGAGUCUGCACUUCCAGGUUUAUAACCCCUGAAGCUUAUAUUGUUAGCGCUACCAACCAUAUGCAUUACUUAGGUAGAGUACAACAAAUUGAACAGUUUCGAAAUGGUACCAAGGUACGAGAUUUGACUAACGAUCAAAACUACAACUAUGAUGAUCCCAGUCCAAUCCAUUAUAAAACCCCGAUAAAAUUACUGCCUGGCGAUACCAUCAAAACAAGAUGCGUAUUUAAUUCUCAGAAUCGAGAUCAAGUAACCUACUUUGGAGACGCCACAAGUGAUGAAAUGUGUUUUGGAUUUUUCACCUAUUAUCCCAAAGAAAAUAUAAAGAUGUCGUCCUGUACAUCAUGGAAGAGCUUACCCUAUUGUGCAGUGUAUAGCGGCGAGGAAUAUUUGGGUUGUAAUUUUGUUGAAUUCAGUUCGAAGCAAGGUAUUAAGAUGUUUACGGAGAUAUGGCAGAACUGUUCUACGGAAUGUACCACAGAAUGCUUAAGUAAAAUAGAACUCUUGAUGAACCAUGCCUGUAUGAAAGGUGAUUACUAUGAUCUCAUGAAAACUUCGAUGUUGAGGAAUAACCCACAAGCAGGAAGUUUUUUUAUCAUGUUGGAGAACUGCCAGGCAUCUAUACCGACAAAAGCUACCACUACCGAGAAAGGUGCAAAUGAAGCAACCACAAUGUUUGUCCAUAAGUUUCUCCUUCUUACAACAACUAUGGUGAUCAGUCUUUGUGGUCGAUUUUAAUGAAUUCUUUAUAGGCCUACAUUUUAUAUUAUACAUACAUAACAAGUAACACACUAUUUUCUUUACAACUAUAACAACAUUUCGAAUGUUCCUGAUAAUAUUACCUGAAGUGUACUUAACUCAUAGUAGAGUAUAGUUCUUUUAAAAGGUUUUUUUGUUUUCCCAACAGUUAGAGAACACAGA